UCGGGCAGCGGCGGCCGCGGCGAGCGGAGCUCUGGGUCCGCCAUGGCGGCGGGGGCGCUGGGGGCUGUCCCGGCUGAGCCGCCGCCGCUGCCGGGCCGUCUGCCCGGAGGAGCCGGCACGGAGCGCGCCCUGGAAGAAGCAGAGGCCUCCGGUACCCUCAGCCUGGCCGGCCGGCGGCUGCGCGCCUUCCCGGCGGCGGCGGCGCGGCGCUGGGACCUCAGCGAUACCACUCAGGCCGACCUGUCCCGGAACCGUUUCGGGGAGGUGCCGGAGGCCGCCUGCCGCCUGGUGUCUCUGGAAGGGCUGAGCCUGCACCACAACUGCCUGCGCAGCGUCCCCCCGGCCAUCGCCAACCUGCAGGCCCUGGCUCACCUGGACCUCAGCCGCAACCAGCUCAGCUCGCUGCCCGCCUGCCUGUGCCUGCUGCCGCUCCGCGUCCUCAACGCCAGCAACAACCGCCUGGCCCGGCUGCCGCCGAACCUGGGCGCCCUCCGCACGCUGCGGCAGCUGGACGUGGGCUGUAACCGGCUGCGGGCGCUGCCGCCGGGGCUGGGGCAGCUGCGGGCGCUGCGGGACCUCAACGUGCGGCGGAACCAGCUGGCGGCGCUGCCCGAGGAGCUCUCGGAGCUGCCCCUGGUCCGCCUGGAUUUCUCCUGCAACCGGGUGGUGGCGAUUCCGCGCUGCUUCCGCCGCCUGCGGCACCUCCAGACGCUCCUGGCGGACAACAACCCGCUCCAGUUCCCCCCUGCGCAGAUCUGCCUGAAGGGCAAAGUCCACAUCUUCAAGUACCUGGAAGCCGAGGCUGCCGCCCAUCCCGUGCCCGCAUGCCCCCCGGACGAGCCGUGUCCCCUCCGGCAGCGAGGGGGGCUGGACUCCGGCUUCCACAGCGUGGACAGCGGCAGCAAGCGCUGGUCGGGGAACGAGUGCUCGGAUGAGUCCUCGGAGCCGUCCCGGCAGCACAGGGAGAUGCACGGCGGGGCAGCCGGUGACAGUGACCCGGAGCAGCUGGAGGAGGAGCCCUCGCCCGAGGAGCAGCAGAGCCAGACCCCGAGAGGUGACAGCCCUGAGGGCAGCAGGGGGGUCCCCAAUUGCCGGCGGCGCCCCAAGAACCUGGAGGUGUGGAUGGAGAGAGAGAGGGAGAGGAGCCGGGACAGGACCCCUCCCCGGAGACCCCCCCAGGACCCUGAUGGAGCCCCCGGACCCCCAAAACCCGGCGCCUGCCUCAGCCCUUCCUCAUCGUCCUCCUCCUCCUCCUCUUUCUCCUCGCACAGUGCCACCAAGCCAGCCCCCCCGGACCCCGACCAGCUGAUGGCUGAGCUGCGCCAGAGCCUCGAGGCGCUGCUGCAGCUGCGGCUGCCGGAGGAGCUGGGGGGGGACCUGGAGCUGCUGGGGCGUGUGGCGGCGCGGCUGCGGCCCUGGGCGGGCCCCCCCAGCCCCCGCCGGACGCCGCCGCCCUCCGAGGUGAAGCCCCCCCACCCCCGGCGCUCCCCCCCCGGGCUGCUCUUCGUCCUCUUCUACGGCCUCCUCAUGGCGCUGCUCCUGGCCGCACACCGCGCGCUCUUUGGCUGCUGAGGGACCCCCCAAAAACCCGGGGAACCCCCCAGAACUUGGGGGAGAUCCCUGGACCCGGGGGAACCCCCAAACCCCCAGGGGGGUCCCGAUCUUUGCACCUUUUCUCGUCCCCUCCCCUUUGUCUUGUGCCUUAACGCUGGGGAAACUGAGGCAGGGAAGGGGGAGGGGCUGAACACCCCGUGCCCCCCUGGGGGUGUGAACUCAAUUAUUCAUAUUAUAAUUAAUUAUGAGUUAUUAUUAUGAGUUUUAUUAUUAUAAUAAGUUGUCACUAUUAUAAUAAUGAGGUAUUAUAAUGAGUUGUUAUACAGGACUGUGAACAUAAGUUAAUUAUUACAGUUAAUUGUAACUUAAUUAUGGCGGAG